AUGUCGGACAGCCUUUUCAACUGGUCCAUGGAUGGCGCUGCGCAUACCUCGUGGAACCCUGCAGCCCUACCCGACCCCGAGCCUUUGCAUUUCAUAGACUGCGAUCCAGGAGACUUUGCAACCAAUUCCUCUUUUCACUAUUCACCCUUUGAUUUGAAUGCGCGCGCAGCUUCGAACCCUAGUCACAUGGCGUCAUCUUACACUCAUGAGGCCAAGUCCAAACUAGAAAGCUGGUACAGCAGCGACUCGAUGCACGCGGCUGUUCAGCCGGCGGUGCAGCACAGCCUCGAUCCCGCCUCCCAUCUUCCUAUGAACGGCAGUUCAACACGGGUUUCUGGGAUAUACCAACACGCAUUGGAGCCCCGUUCCUUUCCGAAUGUAGUCUGCAAUCAUGAUAAUGCCGCCGCCGCAGACCCAUCACCCAGCGCUUCUCGUCCCAGGGAAAUGGUUCAAGAACGGGACCAACCGACCCUUGAGGAAGGAAAUGCCAGGGAAGAAAAGCCAUUAUGUCAAUGGAAAGACUGCACCCACACGAAGCCAUUCAACCGCAAAGAAGACGUCCUGCGACAUGUCAAAUCGAUCCAUCUUUCCAUCAAAUCAUACAAAUGCGGCGUCCGGGGCUGUCUCAGAUCCUUCAGCCGGAGAGAUAAGAUCAAGGAUCACAUCGUGAAGAACCAUUCUUCAUUCGCGCAGGCAUGGGAGGAGUGUGUUGUUUAUGAUGGUUGA